GCGGACCCGCGGUGCGUUUGUGGUGGUUCGGGCGACUGCACGCGGAUUCCCGCGAGCGGGGGAGACGGUGGGGGGUGCUAGACGGGGGACCCUAAGGCGGGCGGCAGUCAAGGAGGGUUGGAUUGCAGGGGGGGGGGGGGGGGAAGGGGGACCCUGCGGCGGGCAGCGGUUAACGAGGGUUGGGUUGCAGGGGUGCGGUCGGGGGGAGUCAUCGAGGGUUGUCUCGCCAGGGUGGUCGACAUGGGGAGGGCACAACGCCGUCAGCAUGAGCCUGCCGGGGACCAUUUGCAGGACACAUUCAGGGCCCGCUCCCCUGUCUAUCGGUACCUGGUUGUCGGCCAGAAGGUCGACAACAAGGGGGUCAUGAUGCUCCGUUGCACGUUUUGCAACAAAGUUUUCCAAGGGACCCAAUUUCAGGCCACGAGGCACUUCUCGCAGGCAAACUACUGCAAGGACGUCAGCGACGAGGCGUUGUACGAGAUCGCUCGACAGAGUCAACAGAAGUUUGAGGCCGAUCAGAUGGAGAGGGUUGCCAGGUACGCAGCGGAGCGCGAACUCGAUGUGCUCGGCACGGGUGGUGCAAGGGGAGGAGAGGCGGGGCGGCAUCCGGUGGAGGGAGGGGUCGGGGGAGAUGGUGGGCAUGGUGCGCCAGACCCCCCUUUGGGUGGUGGAGGCGGUGAGACGGAGGAGGGCGUGAUCCACGUCGAUCGCGAGGCGCGUGGCCCGGGCGAGGAGGGAGUCCCAGAACGGGAGGACGUGCCAGAGUUUUAUCCAGGCACUGGGGAGAGGUUGGAGGACUGGCGGAGGCGAGCAGGCAAGGGAGCUGCAACGGAGGGGUCUUCCAAGAGGAAGGAAAGAGGAAGUGAUCCGGUUGCCACCCCAACAGGAAAGAGGCUUCGCCAGCAGAAGGUGACUGAUGUCUACGGUGGCGAGUGGGUUGCUCGCCACAAGAAGGCAUUCCUUUGCUGGCUGUAUUCCAGCGGGGUCUCCUUCAAUGCCUUCCACAACCAGGCUUGGAAGGCAUAUCAACAGGUGCUUCUUGAGCAGCCUGGCAGUUCCCCGCACGCUGUGCUCCCCAACCACUGCGAGAUUGCGAGUAUGCGGGCGGUGGACACCCAUCGUGCGGAGCUGGCGGAGGAGUUGGAGGAGGUGAGGCAACCAUUCUGGGUGACUGGUGCCACCCUCCUCUCCGAUGGGAGGAAAUCACGAGACGGGAGACCGAUCGUGAAUUUCCUUGCCGCUGGCUCGCGAGGGGUCGUCGUGUACAUGACGAUCAAUCGAGAGGGCGAGGCGGGCGAUGCAGUGCACGUUCAUCAGAGAUGGGUUACCAUCUUCCAYGAGUUCAGCUUCGGCGGGCCGCARCGGAUCAAUGCGAUAUGCACURACUCCGCUUCUKCCUAUGUGGGGGCUGCAAGGGCAUUGGCCUCGCCGUCCAUGCCUCCUGCACUGAGGAGGAUCACUUGGCUCCCGGGGAUGACGGAGGAGGAGAUUGCCCGUCAGGUUGCACUUAUUACCCGGGAUCCCAUCGGGGCGUCUGCACCACCCUCUGCUGAUGCCGUUUUCGAUAGACGUGCUUGCAUUUUUCGUCCCUACCCCAGGGAGGACGACUCAGACGAGGACCCGGUACCCGAGGCGGCAGAUGACCCUGCGCUCCGCAUUCCCCGCGAGAUCGACGAGACGCACGAGGAUCCUGACUCCGAGGAGACGAGGGCACACACUGCACGACGGGCAGCGGACCGGGCGGAGAGGGAGAUGCUGGGGGGAGAGGAGGAGUUUUGGGGCCCGUUCGGGGAGGUCGCUUCCACGGGUGGCCCAGAGGCGCAGGCCACGACCCCCACUCCGACGAGGCGGGAGUCGUCCAUGCCGCCACCUCCUGCUCUGAGUCCUGCACCACCAUCGCCUGUCUCGCCACUUCAGCCGGCCACGGCAACGGCGGACAGGGAGGAGUUGGGGUCCUCUUUGCCUCACCGCGGACUUCUCCACAGAGGCGGGGCAGUCCGCCAGAUGAGGUUACGAUCAACUUCCCCGGGGAUAUUGCAGGAGGAGGAAGCACCGUUGGCAGCAGCAGUGGAGAGUUCGGCGGUGCCGGACGUGACGAUCGCAGCCGCGGUGGAGGAGAUAGCAGCAGCAGCAGCAGCAGCAGUGCUGGAGGAGAUGGCAGCAUCAGUGCUGGAGGAGGAUCCACCAGCGGCAGGAGGAGGUGCAGCAGUGGAGGGGCAGGUGGCARCARCAGGAGGAGCAGGUGGAGGAGCAGCAGCAGUGGAGGUUGAGGUGGCAGCAGCAGUGGAGGAGGAGGAGGCACCGUCGGCAGCUGCAGUGGAGGGGGAGGUGCCAGGACCAGUGGAGGAGGAGAUCGCCGCACAGGCCGAGGUGCAGCGUGGGGGCGAUGACGAGCGCCUCAUGCAGCAGUUCCUCACGGAGGAGCUCGAUCUGGUCAUAGCGGGUAUGACCCCGGGUGUGGCGAGGGGGUUUGGGAUUUCGGAUUCGGAGAUGGGGACCCACUUAGACUUCGAUUUGUCGAUGGGCCUUCCACCUAGUUGCGGCGGGGCAACAUCGACGGACCGGGCUGCAUCGAGGGACGAGGCGCCGGGACAGACUUUGACGCAGACCGCGAGAGAGAGGACGACGAUUGAGUCUCCAGAUGCAGCACGCGACAUCAUGGACCGAGAGAGGGCUCGACUUUUGGCAUCGAGUGACCCACGUGCUCAGGCGUUCGCACGGGCCGUAAAGGAGGCCAGGCGUCGAGAGAUAGGGGGGGAUUGUGUGCAGGGUGGGGUGGUGCCGGGGGAGGAUGUUGCGAAGGGAGUGGCAGCUGAGCCGGUACCCGAGGCUAUGCCGGGUGGAGCAGAGGCAGCGGACGUUGUGGAGGGACGGCCUUAGGCGGUGGAUGAGGCUGUGCAGGCAGGACAGCGGCGAGUUGAGGGGGCUAUAGACGCACGGCGCG